AUGCGGUGUGCGGCCAUCACACAUCAUGCUAUAAUACAAGAUUUUCUUGAAGUCGACAUCCAAGAGGCACCAGUACCAUUACUUCUGUUUCCAGUGACACCGGCUGCGAAUGUGAUUGCUGUUUGCUGCGUGUUACUGGCAGUGGAUCGAGCGGGAACCAGAGAAUGGCCCGAUCACAAAACUGACCCCUUGCUCUUUAUCGCUAAUCCCAUUGAAGCCGAAGUGCCCAGCCAUUGGUUACCAGAAAGUAUUGUCAAAGAAAUUAUGAUCAGACGAACAACAAGUGAGAAACCAAGGAGAUAUGAAAUACCGUGGGAUUUACUUAAAGAUUUAAAAUUCCCGAGAUCAAUUCUUACUAUGUCAAGAUCAAAUAAUAAGGUCGGGCGUACCGAAGCACCAAGGAGGCAAACAGUCUCAAUUUCUAAACUUGCUAACACUAAGACUACUACGACUCCUACUACGACUACUACGACUCCUACUACGACUACUACGACUCCUACUACAACUACUACGACUCCUACUACGACUACUACGACUCCUACUACUACUACAACUACUACGACUCCUACUACGACUACUACAACUCCUACUAUGACUACGACUCCUACUACAACUACUACAACUACUACGACUCCUACUACAACUACUACGACUCCUACUACGACUCCUACUACGACUACUACAACUCCUACAACAACUACUACGACUCCUACUACGACUACUACGACCCCUACGACAACUACUACAACUCCUACUACUACUACUACGACUCCUACUACGACUACUACGACCCCUACGACAACUACUACAACUCCUACUACUACUACUACGACUCCUACUACGACUACUACGACCCCUACGACAACUACUACGACUCCUACUACGACUACUACGACUCCUACUACAACUACUACGACUCCUACUACGACUACUACGACUCCUACUACAACUACUACGACUCCUACGACUCCUACUACGACUACGACUCCUACUACGACUACUACGACGCCUACUACGACUACAACGACUCCUACUACUACUACGACUACGACUCCUACUACAACUACUACGACUACUACGACUACUACAACUCCUACUACUACUACUACGACUCCUACUACGACUACUACUACGACCACUACGACAACUACAACUACUACGACUCCUACAACUAAACGAAGAAAACCGACUCCUAUAAAGGGGCAAGAUAAUGGCAACAUGGGAUAG